AUGAACAUGGAGAACAAUAGCCAGUCAGCCUCUCCCCUCCCUUCCUCCGGGGACCUGCUCACUCAGGCAACCCCCGACUCCUCCACCAGCCCCUGCGUCACCAGCCCCUGCGUCGCCCUGCCUGGCUCCCUGGAGUCCUCGGGCAGGAAGGAGGAGGCGGCGAAGGUCCCGGCGAAGAAGCAGAAGGUACGCACGGUCUUCUCACAGACGCAGCUGUGCGUGCUCAACGACCGCUUCCAGAGGCAGAAGUACCUCAGCCUGCAGCAGAUGCAGGAGCUCUCCAGCCUCCUGAACCUCAGCUACAAGCAGGUUAAGACCUGGUUCCAAAAUCAGAGAAUGAAAUGUAAGAGGUGGCAGAAAAGCAACUGGCCGAAGAGCAGCGCCGGUGCAUCUCAGACGGGCCCGGCCUCUGCUGAGUACCCAGGCUCCAACUACACCCAGGGCUGCAUGGUGAACACAUCCGGGAACUUUCCCGUGUGGGGCAACCAGACCUGGAACAGCCCAACGUGGAGCAGCCAGUCAUGGAGCAACCACUCCUGGAACACGCAGACCUGGAACACACAGACCUGGAACGCGCAGACCUGGAACACGCAGACCUGGUACCCCCAAGGCUGGAACUCCUUCCCUGCUGGCGGUGAGGAGUCGCUGCAGCCCUGCCUGCCCUUGCCGCAGAAUUUCUCCGCCAGUGACUUGGAGGCCACCCUGGAAGCAGCUGGGGACGGCCACAAGUACUUCAACACCCCCCAGGCCCUGGAUCUGUUCCUGAAUUAUGCCAUGAACCUGCAGCCUGAAGAUCUAUGAAAGCGAGGUUCCCUCCCUCCCGCACAGGGUUUUGCUGUUGGUUUUAGGGUGGUGCUGGAUUUCUCGGGGUCCCGGUUCUCACUGGGCCUGUUGUGACGACGCGGGGUGUGGGCAGGACUGGAGACGGAAGGAGGAGGCUGUAGUGACCUCGUGUGCUGCAGGCAGGCAGUGUCUGGGUAUCAAGCAGCCACCAGACACCGUCGGACCUCUGGGUGGAGAACCCAACCUCAAGGCGGGGGGACACGGCUGUGGUGAAGCAUCAUUCCUGUUUGCAGGAAGUGGA